AACAUGAAAUCAGGAAACCUCUCAGAUACUGUGGGAUUCGUCCUCCUGGGACUGUCAGAUGACCCAGAGCUGCAGCCCCUCCUGCUCUGUCUGUUCCUGUCCAUGUACCUGGUCACCGUGCUGGGAAACCUGCUCAUCAUCCUGGCCAUUAUGUAUGACUCCCACCUGCACAUGCCCAUGUACUUCUUCCUCUGCAACCUGUCCUUUGUCGACAUCUGCUUCACCUCUACCACCGUGCCAAAGAUGCUGGUGAACAUCCAGACACAGAGCAAAGCCAUCAGUUACACAGGCUGCCUCACCCAAAUCUGCUUUGUCCUGACUUUUGCUGGAUUGGAAAAUGAAAUUCUGACAGUGAUGGCCUAUGAUCGAUUUGUAGCCAUCUGCCACCCACUGAGGUACAACACCAUCAUGAGCCCCAGACUCUGUGGGCUGCUGGUUCUGUUGUGCUUUCUAACUAGUGUUCUGGACGCCCUGCUCCACACUUUGAUGGCACUGCGGCUGUCCUUCUGCACAGACUGGAAAAUUCCCCAUUUUUUCUGUGAGUUAUCUCAAAUUCUCAAACUUGCUUGUUCUGAUGUCUUCAUCAAUAACGUCUUUGUGUAUUUAGUGACCAGCCUGUUCGGCGCUGUUCCUCUCUCAGGGAUAAUUUUCUCUUAUAUCCGAAUUGUCUCCUCCAUCCUGAAAAUUCCAUCAGCUAGUGGAAAGUAUAAGGCAUUUUCUGUCUGUGGGUCACACUUAAUAGUUGUUUCCUCAUUUUAUGGGACGGGUUUUGGGGUCUACCUUAGUUCUGCAGCUACUCACUCUUCCAGGAAAAGUGCAAUAGCAUCAGUGAUAUACACAGUGGUCACCCCUAUGAUGAACCCAUUUAUCUACAGUCUGAGGAACAAAGACAUGAUUGGGGCUUUGAGUAAGCUUGUCUCUAGAAUAACAUGUUUUCAUUGA